AUGGCAGAGCUCCUGGGCCAGCCUGCGAGCAACGCCGAACUUGAAGACAUUGAUGCCGAUGGCGAGUAUGAGAUGGAUGAUGUAGAGUAUGAACAAGCCCCGGCUACCGAGAACAUGCCCGAUGCCGAGGGUCAUACGACCGAUGCUGAAGGAACGGACAUGGACGCCGAGGGCGAAGAGGAUGAUGCUGAGGGUGAGGACGAUGACGCUGAAGGUGAAGAAGAUGACGCCGAGGGUGAAGAGGACGAUGCCGAGGGUGAAGAUGUGGAUGCUGAGGGUGAAGAGAUAGACGACGACGAGGAUGAAGCCGAGCCAGUUGGCGCUGUCAAGAUCGCCCAACGUCGUCCUCAAUCAUCUGACGAGGAGGAAGAUUACGAGGGCGAUGAUGUUGCAAGAGAUUCAUCCGACGCCAAGUCCAGCAACAGCGACGAGUCGAGCAACGCCGAUUCUGAAGAAGAGAACCAAUGGCAGGCGAGUGAAGAUGGUGAAGAGGACGAGGUCAUCAAGUCGGCCAAUCCCAAUAUCUGCGUAUACUGCGGACUAGACGAGGAUAACGAUCCAAGCCCGGAUUUCGAAGAGUCCCUCUCAUGUACUUUGUGUGGAGACCAUGGUGUGUCACAUCGGCAAUGCGCCCGUAAGGCUGGCACGCUAAGUUCCGAUGACGAUGCAAAGCGUUGGCGCUGCCCUGACUGCACUCAAAAUUUCGGAACUGAGGAAGAAGAAGAGGCUGAACGGCCCUCUACUUCUACACGCCGGAGACGUUCAUCCCUGAACAAGUUGACCAAAGAGUUGCUGCCUUCACAUCGUGGGGUUGACCCCGAAGGACAUUCAAUAUUUAAAGAGCUAAUUCUUCCCGAUGAAUCAGCAGAUGGAUUACGUUCACUGCGCAAACGCAAGACUUCACAAGAGGAGGAGGCACCGGUGCCUUCAAGGCAAACACGGAAAAAGCGGAGACCUUCUGAAGCGACCAACUCAGAUGUCGAGCCAUCAGUCCCUGCAGUCUCACCCAGACCACCAUCGAGGAGCAUACGAAGUGCUCGUAGCGUCAUGACAGAUGGUCACGAAAGUGGAGGCGAAGCAGAGCAGAAUGGGUCAGAAGCUGGUCGGCUACGUCCAGCAAGGGCGCGUCGCGGGCAACCUAAGAGAAACGACAAACGCCCACUUGCCUGGAUCGAAGAGGCUCAGGGCCAGAGCUUGAUCAUCGCUUUCCAUCUCAACAACGAGAAAGUCCAACAGAUUGUCACAUCUAAGCCUAAGAAGAAGAUUCAGACUCUCACGAUUGAACAAGAGCGGCAAGAGAGACGGCGUGAGCGGGAUAGAGAACGUCGCGAAAGGAACCGCCGGGCUGCACAGGCUGCGCGAGAGUCACCAGAGGUCCUGCACUACCCAACGAUACAUGUCCACCACGCCACACCGUUUCCAGGCUUCAUGGACAAAGAGCUCGACGAAACCAAGAGCAAACCCUACGGCGGCGUGCUUUCCGAAGCUGAUGCUGAUACUUCCAAAACAUACCCUUCGCCUGCUGACAGGAAGCGCUUUGACGACGCCCGUAUCAAGGCCGAAGAAGAGUGGAAAGCGAAGCAGGCCGCACUCUAUCCUCCCGAGCCAGCGCGCUCACACAAGCAAGCAGCCACUGCGAGCAAGAUCAAAUGCGUCAACUUUGGCGGAUGGGAAAUUGACACUUGGCACGCUGCACCAUAUCCAGAGGAGUACAGCAAAAAUAGGCUCAAAUGCCCAGCGAAGCACCCUCCAGGCGACGAGAUCUACCGCGACGGGAAAUACUCAUUCUUCGAGGUCGACGGCCGGAAGAAUCCCGUGUACUGCCAGAAUCUCUGUCUACUUGCCAAGUUGUUCCUCGGUUCCAAGACGCUCUACUACGACGUCGAGCCCUUUCUGUUCUACGUCAUGACUGAGAACGACAAUUUCGGCUGUCAUUUUGUCGGCUAUUUCUCGAAAGAAAAGCGGCCCAGCUCGCUCAACAACGUCUCAUGUAUUCUGGUACUUCCGAUUCACAUGCGCAAAGGAUAUGGACAGUAUCUGAUUGAGUUUUCCUACCUCCUCACCCGUGUGGAGAGGAAGACUGGAAGCCCGGAAAAACCGCUCAGUGACAUGGGUUUGGUGAGUUAUCGAAAAUACUGGCGGCUUGUUCUAUGUGAGGAACUACUCCAACAAAAGGCUGCGAUCAGUAUAUCAGCCAUUUCAGACCGCACAGGGAUGACACCGGACGAUAUUGUGUCUGCUCUGGAAGGCUUACGAGCUCUUGUACGUGACCCUGUCACGAAGAAGUAUGCGCUGCGCCUUGACUUGAACUACUUCAAGUCGUACAUUGAGAAGUGCAACGCUGCAGGCAACCCAAAGAUCAACCCCGACUGUCUGAUAUGGACACCGUACGUUAUGGGUCGUUUGGGUCAGUACGAAGAUGGACCUGCCUUGCAAACUGUGCAGCAGCGCGAUGAAGUAGAAGAGGACGAAAAGCCUGCGCCUGAGGAGGGUGUGCAGAUGGAGAUGGCGAAAACUAACGGCACUGGUGAUGACGUCGAGGCAGCCAUACCCACCAUCACCGCUGAAGACUCCGUCAACGGUGGUUCACCGGCUCCUGGUACCCCACUCGCAAACGGCUCUACUAUUGCUCUUGCUGGCUCCCAUAUGGAUGAGCCGGCAAUCCCACCGUCACGAUACGAGAUCUUCCCUCCCAUACCCGGGCAACCCUCGCAAAGACGUCGACCAGGACGGCCAUUUGGAUCACGGCGAAGAACAAGCACUCCAAACCGCGUACGGAACACUUCACUGUCCAUUCACACCGCACCAGUAUCGAAGAUCCAACUGUCGCCUAGCAGAGGUGCCAAGAACCUCAUGUCACCGUCCGCAAACGGCGCCCUCACACCAGGCACCAUUUCCCUGCGUAGAACGCGAAGCCGACUUGGUGAAAGCGUCACGAAUGGCGAGGAUGUCGAAGACGGAGGUGCCGUCAAAGCCGUUGCUGUCAAUGGGCGGAGAAGCACACGCAGCUCUGCCAGUUCCAGAGGAAGCAUCGAUUUCAAAGGCAAGGGAAAAGCUUUGCCCAUUGAAGAAGAACACGAUGAAGACAUUGAUGCGGAUGGCGAUUACGACGAAGAAGAGGGUGAUAUGGACGUUGAUGCUGAAGGCGAGGAAGACGAUGACAUUAUCAUGCAAGAUGCGUAA